AUGGCCUCAGAAGCUAUAGCAUCAAUACUCCUUGCCUUUUGGAUCACUCUUAGAGUAUUCGGCAUCGUCCCGAAAUUGGAGCAAAUUUUCGACCAUCUAGGGAUAGACCGCAUAUCUGAUCGAAUUCGAACAUUAAAGGGAUGGAUCCAAGGUCCACCUAAGUACGACCAGCAAAUGGAAUGGAUUGGAAAUCAAAACAGGAAUAGAACUUCUCGCAUUUACUGGAUGCAGUAUUAUCUACUUAUCACGGAGUCGAUUAUCGAGCAUGCUAUCCAGCGGAAACUGGACCAAAUGGGCAAGCCAUACGAUAUAGGACCUGCGGAUUGGAAACGUAAACUACAGGAUAUAGUACAGAGCAGGGCUUGGACAGUUAGCAACAUGCUGUAUGAUUUACAUCUCAAGAAGCCAGAGGGGCCCCUGAUACGGCAAUAUGAACGUCAACAGGAAAGGAUAACCAAAGCUCUCGCUACCAACCCGGCCAAGCACCUGUCUCAGCCCCACCUAGUAGAGACAUGCAAGGUAAGAGGCGGGUGCUGUGCGAGAGCAUGCCAAUGCUGUCUGCGGGCUCGAGGGCUAUACCAUGACAAGACAAUCUUCUACGCGCACUGCACACCCAUAUGUGGAUGCUGCGUUCGGAAUCGAGGAUUCGUGUAUCUCAACAAGAAAGGCGCUAUGAGAUUUGCUGGAUCUGCGGAUAUCAGUAACGUGACGUUUACUAUUGAAGAAAAGCCCUAUGCCUCUGCAGUGCUCUGA